AUGUCACUUGUUAAAGAGUACAUCAACAAAAAAGUAGAAGUAAUAACUACUUUAGGUAAAGUGUAUAUUGGUAUUUUAACUGGAUAUGACAAUCCUAUGAAUAUUGUAUUAAAAAAUUCAGUAGAACGUACAUUCUCUAAAGAAGGAGUUUCAAAUAUAUCGUGUGGAUUAUUAAUUCUUCGUGGUGAUGAAAUUAUGGUUAUUGGAGGAUUAAAUGAAGAAAAAGAUAAUCAACUUGACUGGCAAUGUGUAGUUUCCAACCCACUUUCUCAAGCAUUAAUAUAG